AUGUCCACUUUUAAGAAUAACUACGGGUGUGGCCUGUUCAACACAGUUUUUCGACCACGGCCAAAACCAUCGGCUUCGGCCGCUUCGCUGCCGACUACCAAUGUGCCGGACGUCCCUAGAACUCCGAAAAGGCCUGACAGAAUCGUUGCUACGACUUCGCCAAAUCAACAAACAAAGGCCACCCCACCAUUAUAUGUUCAACAAGUAGCUAGAAAAGGUACACCUGAUGAAAAGAUAGGAUCACGAGGGUCGGAAAUCGAACGAAAUGAUGAUCGACACGGCUACUACCAACGCUAUGGCAGAAACAAUAAGGUUCCUCAAGGAUCAACUGGGAUAUCUGGGGAACUUGAAGCCAUGAUCGAUGAGCAUCAGAGCUCAAAGAAUGCUGGUAACAUGAUAAUCUAUGGCAAUUUGGGUAACUUACGGCAAGGGAAUUUAAACGAUAUCAGUUAUCAUCCAAAAACCAAACGAAAUCAGGAGCAAUCGAGCAAGAAAUCGAGCAAAAAGGAUCAGAAAUCAGGAAAAAACCCAACUUCUUUGUGUAGAGCUCUUUCAACAAGAAUGGAUCCUGAGCAGUUGAAGAUCAUGGGCAACGAAGAUUACAAAAACGGACGAUUUGCUGAAGCUUUGUCACUUUAUGAAGCUGCGAUUGCAAUCGAUCCCAAAAAGGCGUCAUACAGAAGCAACAAAAGUGCGGCCUUAACGGGUUUAGGUAGGCUUUUAGAAGCCGUGUUCGAAGCCAAAGAAGCGAUCAGCAUCGAGCCCUUCUACCAAAGGGCUCAUAAUCGUUUAGCGACGUUAUAUCUAAGAUUAGGAGACGCUGACAAAACAAUACAUCAUUAUAAACAAUCGGGUUCAGAAGCUGAACCCGACCUGAUUACAAGAGCCCGAAAUCUUCAGGUGCACCUUAACCGGUGCAUCGAGGCCAAGAUGCACAGAGAUUGGAACACAUUGUUAAAAGAAACCAAUCUAGCUAUAUCAGCUGGUGCAGAUUCUGCACUAAAGAUCUAUGCAUUGAAAAUGGAGGCGUUGUUGAAGUUGCAUAGGCAUGAGGAAGCAGAUGAGGCGUUGAGAAAUGCACCAAAGUUUGAAGUAAAUGACUGCACCAAGUUUUAUGGUCCGAUCAGCCAUGCUUAUUUUCUGGUUAUAAGGGUUCAAGUUGAUCUAGUUGCUGGCAGGUACUUUGACCCGUUUAACUCAGUGUUACUAUGCAACCGAGCCGCUUGUCGAACCAAGCUCGGUCAAUUCGAGAAAGCCAUCGAGGAUUGCACUCUAGCUUUGAACAUCCGACCCUCUUAUAGCAGAGCAAGACUACGAAGAGCCGACUGUAAUGCUAAGUUAGGAAAAUGGCAAGCAGCCAUAGACGAUUAUAAGUUGCUAGCAAAAGAAGCACCAGAAGAUGAGGAGGUGACCAAAGCCUUGAGAGAAGCUAAAGAGCAACUGAAGACACAAUGA